UCUUUAUUUCCACUCGACAUGUUUGUUUUAUUUCAGCACCACUACGUUCAAGUUCGACUGACAUUCAUUCGAAUACUAAAUGGAUACAGAAUGGUCUCACUGUGGCUGGAGGAAAUGGUCACGGUAAUGGAAUCAAUCAACUCUAUAACCCAAGAGGUUUGUAUGUCGAUGAUGAUCAAACUAUUUAUGUCGCUGAUCUGUCUAAUCACCGUAUUGUGGAAUGGAAAUGUGGUGCGACGAGUGGUCAAGUGGUUGCUGGUGGAAAUGGAAGUAGAAAUGGAGCUCAUCAGUUGAAUUCUCACUCUGAUGUGAUUGUUGACAAAGAAAGAGAUAGUCUCAUCAUCUGCGAUAAUGGGAAUGAAAGGGUAGUGCGAUGGCCUCGUCGAAAUGGUACUAGUGGAGAAACAUUCAUCUCAAACAUCUCUUGUAUGGAUUUGACAAUGGACGAGAAUGGAUCUCUCUAUGUCGCUGACAAUGGAAAAGAUGAAGAAGAAGGUGUAAAACAAGGCAUUGCCGUAGCCAGUGGUCAAGGAUCUGGAAAUAGUCUUUCACAACUGUCAGGUCCUGGAGGACUCGUUGUUGAUCAAUUGGGCGCUGUCUAUGUGGCUGAGUAUUCGAAUCAUCGAAUCAUGCGUUGGCCAAAAGGAGCCACAAAGGGAAGUGUCAUUGCUGGUGGAAAGGGUGAAGGAGGACAGUCGAAUCAAUUGAAUUAUCCCAUUGGUUUAUCAUUCGAUCGACAUGGCAAUCUCUAUGUCGCCGAUCAGUGGAAUAAUCGAGUUCAAAAAUUUAAUAUUGAUUCAAAUUCAUAG